UCUGAUAAGCUUUACUGAUCAAGAUGGUCAUUUGGUCUGGAGAAAAGUAUAAAUGUGGGUGUUUGUUGCCUUUUUCUCAUGGACACGUGCUGCUCUCUCAGGACCCUCCAAUCAUGUGGACCUUCCUCUUUCUUUUUGCUGUUUUCUUCUUUCUGGCCCCAGCCAGAAAUGAAUUCUUUAAUGAAAAAUGCUACCACUUACAAGGGAAAUGUCAGUCUUCUUGUGCUAAAAAUGAAGAACUUGUUGCUUUCUGCUGGAAGAAUCUGAAAUGCUGUGUGAAAAUCAAACCCUGUAAGAAGAUUGGAGAGCAAGACUGA